AUGGCCACCACAACCACCAACAACAACCACGCCGACACCUUUGAACAACAAUGUGGCGACACCACAUCACAGAACAACAAGAGCAAGGUCAAGGUUGCGGGUAAGGCCGACAAGCACCCAGAUCAACGUGAGGCGAUGACGAUGAGGCGGCACAUCAACAGACGUGCUGCUUCAUCUGAUGUUGACAAGGUUGUGCCCAGCCCAGCUGAGGAGGAUGGCUUCAGCGCUGCCAUGCUGAAAUCUGUAGAUCAGGAAGACUUUCUUUGUCAGGCGCUCGCUGCUUUCGAUGAUGCAGCUCUUGCGAAGGCUCCACAGGCGUCAGAGGAAACAGCUGCGGAGGAAGCAAGGAAACAGAUUGCAGCCACCCAUGUUCUACCCAGCGUUGAGAGGACACUACCAAUCCAAGUCCCAUUUCAAUUGCAACAUGAAAUACAUCAACAUACAACAUUAGGAACAUGGGUGUUGUCGCUGGAAAGGGUGAUAAUGGGUUGGAUGUGGAUGGGCAGUACAGGAAGCUCUGCUCCCAUGUUUGCAAGCACCCCUCGGACAGGACAUGGAUGUAGUGCAAGUCCGAGGGCAUUGGAAUAUGAAAGGGAGGGGUUGGAAGCAGAUGGGCAGCAGAGUGGGAAGCUCUGCUUUAACAUUCGCCAAACCCGUCAGACCCUCCAAACCCGCGCAAACCCCUACCCUUACCUGCAGAAACCGUUACCUGUGGUUGCGGGUAUGGGUUUCCAUGGGUAA